CUUUAGGAGAAAAAAAGUUUAUCUUUCUGCUUUCAGUUUCUUUCUUAGACUGCAGCCAUGGCAGGAGAGCAGAAGAGUCGAGAGAAAUAUCUGCAAGACCAACAGUCUUUCAGAACAAACGCCUUCCUGAUCAUAAAGGAGAUGGUCCACUGGUGCAAUAUAACCGAGGGAGGUAAAAUCCUUGUGGAUGAGAUUCUACACAGCAUCUUUUUUCUUGGAGAAAUAAAUACACCACGAUUCCCACCAGAGGAAAUUAUUCCUGAUCAGGAGAUUCUCGAUCAACUGAAGGAGAAAUACAACCGACCCUUUGAUUGCUAUAGGACUCAUCUUCCCAGGCGGAGUCCUUUCUCCUGUGUUCUGGACAUGAUUGUCUUGCAGAAGAAACCUGAAAAUGAAAACCAGAUAAAACAGACAUUGAUGGAUCUGGUUAAUAGAUUGGCUGCAGGAUUUCUGGUCUCCUCCACUAUCUGUAUCUCCAAGUCCAACAAAUCAAACAACCAAUAUGGAGUCUCCAUGUCCACCACUGGUCGCAAUGCUGGUAGAAUAGUGAUCGCUGCCUCCUGUUUGAGCUCCUACUGGGAUAAGUAUGUAGCUGGUGCAGUGAUGACCUACUAUCCUCAGAAAAAGAAGAAGAGUUACUUCGAUGGCACCUUCGAGCUACAUGGAGACGCCACAUGCACAGCAUACAGCAUCAAGGAUGGUUCUGAAAUGGAUCCUUGCAAAUCAUGUGGGAAUCUCUUUGGGUUGCAAACAACUUGUGAAAAAGAGUGGCCCUAUGGGAAUUGUGCUGAGGCUGAAAGUCUGAGCAACUUAUUUAGAAAUGAUGCAGAAGUUAAACGUAAAUCUAGGCCAACCUCUGAUACAUGCACACCAGAGAACAGAGAGAGAGCCAAAGUUGAUACUCGAAGGGAGCUUACAAAUACCCUGAAAACGAUCAAGUUCAACACAUGGAAAGGUGAAUUUUACAGAGCAUGAGUACAAUGUCCUUAAACACAAGCUAGCUUCUUAUAAGAGUCUCGCUCACUAUCAUUAAAUAUACCUUGAUAUACCUUGUUAUAUCAUCUUGUAUUGUUAAUUGCUUAUUAAUUUGGUGAAAUAAAGCAAUCUUUAUUAACUUUUUUAUUAUAAUGUAUGUAAACUUUUUUUUUCUAGACAUAAAAAAGAGCCUCCACUAGAUUGCAGUAAAAUGAUAUUGAAAUAAUUUUACGCAGCUUGCAAAGCUGUGGUUAGUUUCUCCAGAAUUGUCAAAGGGUUUUUGAUUAAAUAUUCAUUUUCAUUCAUAUUUGUUGGUUGAGCUUCUUAAAAAAAAAAGGGAAAUCGUCUUUAUUGUUCUCUGCAAAUCUAUGUUACAAAUGAAAUUUGACCUCUGCAUUUAAUCCAUCCUUUAGGUAUUUAGGUUUUCAAAAUAACAAACAGGUAACAAUCGCUGCCUUUUAGUUUGAUCAUCAAAAAUUGUUCUUUUGUAAAGCUGUAUGAAAUUACUGUAACAUAUUUUCUUUCUUUGUAUUUGCAUUAUAGGCUACAUUUGGCAAAUUUAGUCUGAUGAUAAACAACAAUAGAAAAAACCUGGAAUUCA